GCGGCGGAGCGGCCGGAGAUGUCGGGGAGCCAGCCGCAGGUGGGACGAGGCGCGCCCUGCCUGCGCUGCCGGGGGCUGUGCACGGGCUUCGAGCCGCACUCCUGGAGGAAGAUCUGCAAGUCGUGCAAGUGCAGCCAGGAGGAGCACGGGCCGAGCUCGGAGCUGGACGAUGACCGCAAGGUCGGGCGGCUGCUCGCGGGCUCCCGGCACGCCUCGCUCACCGCCCGCCUCAAGGGCGGCGACGGCGCCCGCGUCUACAAGAGGAACCGCAUGAUCGUCACCAACCCCAACGUCUCGGGCAAGGACCCCACCUUCGACACCAUCACCUACGAGUGGGCUCCCCCCGGCCUCACCCAGAAGCUGGCCAUGCAGUACAUGGAGCUGGUGCCCAAGGAGCUGCAGCCCGUGGCGGGCACGGAGGGCGCCUGGCAGCGGCGGCGGCGGCUGGCACGGCAGCUCCCGCUGCACGACCAGGACCCGGCGCAGUGCCGCGGCCUGGCCGAGGGCGAGCAGCAGCUCAUGCACGACUUCGUGACGAGGUACAAGGCCGAGGCCCUGGGCGUCGGGGAGGUGGCGCUGCCGGGCCAGGGCGGCGGGAAGAAGGAGGAGGAGAAGGCCCAAGAGAAGGGCAUGGAGCCCAGCACAGCCCCCGAGUCACCCAACGGGGCCCUGGAGGGCACGGCCGGGCACUACCGCUGCGAGGCGUGCCAGCAGCCCGUGCCCGGGGACUGCCCCGUGGUGUACGCCGAGCGCGCCGGCUACUCCCGCCUGUGGCACCCCGGCUGCUUCGUGUGCUGCCGCUGCGCCGAGCCCCUCGUGGACCUCAUCUACUUCUGGAGGAGCGGGGCCGCCUGGUGCGGCCGCCACUACUGCGAGAGCCUGCGGCCCCGCUGCGCCGGCUGCGACGAGAUCAUCUUCUCGGAGGACUACCAGCAGGUGGAAGGGCUGGCCUGGCACCACAAGCACUUUGCCUGCCUGGAGUGUGAGACGCUGCUGACGGGCAAGCCCUUCACCCUGGCCAACGCCAGCCUGCUGUGCAGCACCUGCAGCCAGAGCAGGGCCUGAGCAGGGCCAGAGGGGCUCCCACCUGGACUGGGGGCAUUGGGAAACACAGCACGA